AUGGGCCGUCAUUUCGACAAAUUGAUGACGAAACUCCAUGGGGUAGCAGAUUCGGGGGCUCAGGACCUUUACAGAUGGUACAGCUACACCAGUCUCGACAUUAUCAGCGCGCUGACGUUCGGCCAAUCUUACAAUUGCCUGGACUCUCUGUCGUACCCCGAAGUAUUUGGCAAACUAGGUAAAUUUGUCAUGAACCGCGUACUCCUCGGCGCUGCCACCCAUUAUCACCCAUUGAUUCUUUGGGGGCUCUUACGCUGGGCGCCAGUCGAAGUCCGGAAUGGGAAGAUGGAAUGGCAUCGCCACAUCAGAAAUCUGCUAGAUGCUCGGCUCGCUACUAAAGAGGCAGGGCAUGAUUUCACUUCCUAUGUCCUUCGCCACUUCGAUAGACCCACUGGUCUGAAAAUGGCCGAAGUACAGGCCACCUACGCAUCGUUCAUUCUUGGCGGUUCUGAUACAGUGGCCAUAACCCUGGCCACUGCCACGCACUACUUGCUCGCGAAUCCUGUCGUUCUGGACAAGCUCAAACUGGAAGUCCGCAGCGCGUUCACUUCUGAGGCCGACAUAACCAUUGCGCAGGUAACCAAUCUGAAAUAUCUCUUGGCAGUCAUUGACGAAGCCAUGCGGAUCAACCCAGCAUUGGCAGAUGGGCAAACUCGUGUGACUGGUCCCGAGGGGCUCAUAGUCGCUGGGAAGCACAUCCCUGCAUACACCUCGAUUUCUGUCAGCCCCUGGUCUGCGAUGAGAUCCCCGUUACAUUUCCGCCAUCCUGAGGCCUUCGUGCCAGAGAGGUGGCUGUCAAGCAAGGAACCUAUCUACCACGACGACAACAAAAGCAUGCUCCAGCCAUUUGGCAUGGGUGCGCGGCAUUGCCCUGGUUCAAAGUACUGA